UGCUACCAAGAAACCAAGAAACGUCUCUGACAUUGUCACGAUCUCGCCGGCAGAUGGCGCUGCGGCGACGACGUGCACGGAGAGCCGGAGAGCGCGCGUGCACGGACCAGAGCGAGCACAUGCUCGCGCGUUACAUAGAGACUUUGUUUACAAAGAAUAUGUGCGUUUGUUUCUGUUUGGUUUCCACCCUGUUCAGUCGUUGUUGGUUUUCGAGGGAGUGUAAUGAUUGGUACCAGCUGUCAGCACUCAAGGUAGUCACAGUUGUUAUUUAAACCCCUCGCGUUGCUGUGCACUUGGCGCAGUAUUAUGUACCGAUUAGGGUAAUGGUGCCACGCGGUAAUGUUUCCAUGUUAUGCUCAGGUUUCAUGUUUCAUUCCAUAGUCUAAGUUAAAUGAUUGCCAUGUCUAGUUUCUUGUUUCAUGCCAUAGUCCUAGUUAAAUGAUUGCCAUGUCUAGUUUCUUGUUUCAUGCCAUAGUCCUAGUUAAAUGAUUGCCAUGUCUAGUUUCUUGUUUCAGGUCAUAGUUAAGCGACAGAUGAGUAUCAUUUAAGGGGGUAAUUGUGAUAAGCGGUAGUGAUUCCAAGACGUUCUAAGUUUCAUGUUUCAUGCCUCAGUUCGAGUUCUCGUUUAGACCUUGGUUCCCGUUUUCUUGUACGCUGACUGUAGUUGCCAAUAAAGACUUCGAUCUUGCACUUACUUCCUGUUCGUAGUCACGACACGUAACAGAUAUGAAGAUGUUGGAAAAGUUACAGCUUUACUUCUGACCGUUAUACAGCUCUGACACGGGAGACUCCAGAAAUGAAUAAAUGUUACAUAAACAUCUCCUUACAGAAAACUUCUCCAUAUCAACAAAGUUCAUGUGGAGCAUCAAGUACUUGUGAAGUACCUGUGGAUGAGCUGUUCUGUUAGAACAAGUGCAUUAAUACAAACCCGUGCCUUGCAGCUGCACUACUGACUAAUCACAACUUUUUUUUUUUUCUUUCCAGUAUCGCUUUUAUAAUAAACCACUUUUAGCCCGCUUCACUUACUGUCUGUGCUGAUAUCUCUGAAACGACACAAGCCCCUAUACAGCAAAAAUAAACUCACCACCGUUAGCACCACCCUUCUGCCUCAGGAUCACAGAGCAGGUGAGGAACACGCCCAGGUUUUUUUUUUUUUAUAGGUUAGGAUAGGUGAUAAAAGCACAACACUUUGCAUUCUCAGGCAGACCGAUGUUUGUACUCGGAAUACGCUGACAUUUAAAGCAUUUCCUGCUAAAAACGAAUUCAGGGAGCCCAAUGGAAAUCAGACGGGAUAUGAACGAACUCCUGAGCUGGAGCAAGCAGGACGAAGAUCCUUUCGAAAACACAGAACAGGCUGACGGAGGCUGCAGCACCAACGACUUCAGCGGCGUCCACGGUAAAGAUCUCCUUCCUGCAGAGAAUGGCGAGGAGUUAACCAAACACUUCCUGCAGGAGCUGCUGAACAUCCUGCUGGCGUACAUCAGCAAGUCUAUGAACCGCAGCUCCAAAGUGCUGGACUUCCACCAUCCGCACCAGUUGAAGGAAGGACUGGAGGGCUUCAGCCUGGAGCUGCCAGAGCAACCGGACAACCUCGAGCAGCUGCUGGUGGACUGUAGGAACACACUGAAAUAUGGAGUGAAAACAGGUCACCCACGAUUCCUCAACCAGCUCUCAAGUGGACUGGACAUCAUUGGACUGGCAGGUGAAUGGCUCACAUCGACUGCGAACACAAACAUCUUCACCUAUGAGGUUGCUCCAGUGUUUAUCCUUAUGGAGGAAGUCCUUCUGAAGAAAAUGGAGUCCAUCAUCGGCUGGUCUGAAGAGGAAGGAGACGGAAUCUUCUGCCCGGGUGGUACAAUAUCAAAUCUCUACAGCAUCCUGCUGGCCAGGUAUCACUACUUCCCACAAGUGAAGGCUGAGGGCAUGCAGGCACUACCUCGCCUUGCCCUGUUCACCUCCACACAUAGCCAUUAUUCGAUCAAGAAGUCUGCAGCGGUUCUCGGGAUCGGCACUGACAACGUCAUCGCCGUGAAGUGUGACGAAAGGGGCAAAAUGAUUCCAGCUGAACUAGAAUCCAGCAUCAUGGCAGCAAAAGCCAAGGGUCUGGUACCGUUCUACGUGAACGCCACGGCAGGAACCACGGUCUACGGCGCCUUCGAUCCUUUCACGGACAUCGCAAACAUCUGUGAAAAACGUGGCCUGUGGAUGCAUGUCGAUGCAGCUUGGGGAGGCGGAUUACUGCUGUCCAAGAAGCACAAGAUCAAACUGCAGGGCAUUGAGAAGGCUUCUUCCGUCACAUGGAAUCCGCACAAGAUGAUGGGCGCCCCGUUGCAGUGUUCCGCCAUUCUGGUGCGACAGAAGGGUCUGUUGGAGGCGUGCAAUAAGCAAUGCGCCGAGUAUCUCUUCCAACCCGACAAGCAGUACGACAUGUCUUACGACACGGGAGACAAGACCAUCCAGUGUGGGAGGCACGUCGACAUCUUUAAGCUCUGGCUCAUGUGGAAGGCUAAGGGAUCAGAAGGUUUCGAAUCGCAGAUCAACCACUGCCUGGAGAAUGCCGAGUAUCUUUACUACAAGCUGAAGAGCAGAAAAGAUUUUCAGCUGGUCUUCCAAAGCAAACCCGAACACAGUAACGUGUGCUUCUGGUACCUGCCGAGCCGAGUGAGGAACAUACCCCCAGGUCCUGACAGAGACAGAGAACUUCAUACGAUCAUUCCAAAGAUCAAAACCAAGCUGAUGGAGAAGGGCGUGGUCAUGAUCGGCUACCAACCUCUCGGACAGAAGCCCAACUUCUUCCGCUGCGUCUUCUCCAACCCGGCCACGCAGAAGCAGGACGUGGACUUCCUGCUGGACGAAAUCGCGUGCCUCGGAGCCGAGCUUUAAGAGCGAACGAGUCUGCGUCUCGCGUCCCUGUUUAUGGACUUAGAACUGAUUAAUAUUAUUCUCGGGGGUGUAAUCUAUUUAAGACGUUUUCGUCUGUAGCGCGGUGCAGCGACUUAAAACUAAUUUGCAUGAUUUGUCUCGCUUUACGUCGUUCGUUUCUGGGAACGUUAGCAUAUUCGGUACGAGAUAUAUAUACGUGGGAUAUAAUUAAGAACGCACAAUUCGUUUUAGUUGUGGACGUGAAGUUUUUUAAGUAUGCACCAUACAGUUGUAAGGAAGGCUGAAAUUGUCUCGAUUUCUGCUCCUAAAAUGUGAUCUGAAUUUCAUUCCAAAUGCUAGAAGGAACGACUAGCUCGUGUUAGACACUUUAAGGCACAGUAGUCACUUUAAGGCAAGCCUCAGAUGCUAGAGCACAUAAAUAGGCGUUGUAGCAUGACACCCUGAUAGUUGGUGACUCAGCGCUCCAUAUGUGUCAGUUUAAACCCUGAGAAAUUUCUGAGAGCGACGCCUCGGUUUACCGAGACAAUAUUUCACUGGUUAUGUAAUAACCUGAAGCCUAGAGUUAUCCGCGACAUAGCUUGAGGUCAUAAGGCUUUCGGGGUCCCUGUGUGCACUAUCAGGAUGUAGAGCACUAUGCACUGGAAUAAAAUCCUGAUUAACUCAUUAGCUGUUAAACUUAUGUUACGUUAGCGUAAAGUUUCCUCGUAUGUGUGUGCAGGCUCUUGUUAAGGUUCUCUUUAAAAGUUCUGGGUUCUCUUACAGGAGGAAGAUAACAACGACUGUUUUUCCGUGCACGUCAAAUUCCGAUCAAAAAUCCGACGUUUAUAUGCGUGCGAGAAUCGGAAUAUUCCUGUAUACGCGGUUGUCGUGAGUGUUGCCGUUCCUAAAUACCUAGCCUACAGAUAAGCGCUAAGCAUCUGUUAGCACCCACAAUUCUUUACGGCCCGAGCAUGCGCAUAUAUCUCCUUUUGAGUGGAUUUUCCGAAUAAGGUCUUUACAUGCAACAAAUUUCCGAUUACAACAGGCAUAUUCCAGAGGUGGGAAUCAGAAUUUGGGGAAUCUACUUGCGGCGUUUACACGACUCGAUAUUAAUUAGCAUGUGGCCAAAUUUAGACUAAUAUCAGAAUGUUGAUGCGCAUGUAAACGUAGUCGUUGUGAGUUGUGUUUGACAAUGCUGCUGAAAAUCGGAUUCGUCACAGUGAUAUGUACGGUGAAUGUUCAGUGAUACGUGCGAAUUUUACCUUGUCGCCUGGUGACGCUCAGGUAGCCUUCAGUAAAAAUAGUUUUUAAAAAAUAAUUACAUUUAAAAAAAACUAUGUACAGUGGAUAUAAAAAGUCUGCACACCCCUGUUAAAAUGUUAAAGUUAAAUCAUGUCAGAACCUUUUUCACCUUUAUUGUGAAAUUGCAUCAUAUAAUAAAUAUCAAGUGACCAACACCCGGGGGGGGGGGGACAAAAAACUCCCAAUCCCCAGCCUGCGUAAGUCUGCACACCCUUUUAUAAUUGGGAAUGUAGCAGUGUUCCGAAUCAAUCCAUCACAUUCAAACUCAUGUUCAAUACUAAUUAGUGUACACUUGCCAUCAAUUAACAUGACUGAUUAACCCCCAAAUAAAGUCCAGCUGUUCCUAUAGGAUUCUCCUGACAUCUUCUUGGAACUGGAAAAGCCACGGGCAACAAAGAGCUUACAAAGCAGGUACGGGCUCUCGAUGUUGAAAAAUAUCAAUCAGGAGAGGGUUAGAAAACACUUCCAAGGCACCGGAUAUACCAUGGAACGCUGUAAAGACAAUCAUCAACAAGUGGAGAAAACAUGGCACGACAGUGACACCGCUAAGAGCAGGGCGUCCCUCUAAAACUGAUGAGAAGAUCGGGAGAAACCGGUCAGGGAAGAUGCAGAGAGGCCUACGGCAACGUUAAAACAGUCUGGAAAGUACUGGUUGUUCCCUACAUGUCAAAACAAGCUCCUGAAUUUUUCAUAUCUCGGGGCUGUGGGGUAUGUGGGCAAGAUGGAAGACUUUUUUUAAGUAAAAAAUGUCAUGAAAAAUACACCGAAAAUUUCCCAAAACUAUGUGGAAUAAUGUGUUACGGUCUGAUGAGACCAAAGUUGAACUUUUUGGCCAUAAUACCAAAAGAUAUGUUUGGCACAAAAAAAAACCCAGCACAUCACUAAAAGAACACCAUCCCUGUGGGGAAGCACGGUGGUGGCAGCAUCGUACUCUGUUUACUCUGGGCUGUUAUUCUUCAGCUGGAUCUGGGGCUUUAUUCAGGCUGGAUGGAAUCAUGAACAGCUCCAAAUACCAGUCAAGUUUGGCACAAAACCUUAAGUCUUAAGUAUUAGUUUAGGAGAGUGUACACUUAUCCAACCAGGUUAUUGUACUUUUUUUUUUUUUUCCUUUUCCCCCACUAAAACAGUUCUUAUUGUUUUUCACUUCAACUGAUAGGUUAAAAUUUCACAAUAAAGGUAGAAAAGGUUCCGACACGAUCGUGUAUCCUGGUUUCCUUUUUUUUUUUCUACAUCACAAAAACCUGCCAUUUUAUCAGGGGUGUGUAGACUUUUUAUAUCCACUGUAAGUUCUACCCCGUGACAAAGGAUGCUGGAUCUGUUUAUUUUUCUCUGUAGAGACUCCUCCGGCACAGAAACUGGAUUUCUCUUACAGUCUUAGGCCUGGAAAUGGGAUGAGAUGACGAAGUUAAAAAUGCUAUUUAAAAAAAAAUGUUUUCUUUCUUAUAUGAUUGUUACAGAUUAAUCGUAGAAUAUUACCAAAGAUGUGAGAAUUUAUUUAUUUUAUUUAUUUUUUUUAGAUUUUCAGGUUGUCUUUAAAAUCCCUCGAAUUCUUCUCAUCGUUAUUUUUCUGUUGACCGUGACUUCUAACGAAUUGAAACUCAUCUCUUGUAUAUUAGAGUGAGGGACACGCCCAUUAAGUGAACCAUUAGAACGGCGACAUGCUUACAAAGAGUGUAAUUCGACACAUGUUCCGGUUAGUUCAGGUGUGGGUUUGACAUGCCCUGUGAUGUAAAAACAAACAAUAGUGGUCAGCUGCUCUUUACUAUGGGCUUCUAUUCAAGCGCACGAUGGUGCAUUGAAUAACGCGGAACAAAACGCUCAUAGAACAGGAAAUGGCGGCAAAGUGACUUCUACAGACCACAAGCAGGCACAAUUACACAGAAAAUGUCUGGUAAAAGUUUAUUCGUGAACGAAAUUCAGAACCUUUAAGUUCUCCUUAGGAGUGAGUGACUUCGAAAUGUCUUUAUUUAUUAUUAGCGCUUAGCAGAAGAUCAGAUCACAUUUUGUGAGCAAGCACUUUUAAGGUUGUCUACUUCGGUCGUCCGUCAAAGAGCUCCACUAGGAAAAAAAUUCCAAGUAGGACUCUUUUCUGGAACUGAAGAAGCCUUAAUUAUCCAAUGAACCCUUAAAGAACCCUUUUUUGUGUAGGUGGUUAAGUGUGUGGUACAUUUCUCUAAAUUAUUGGAAAUUAUUU